UCAACACAUCAAUUGUUGGGGGUGGAAAUACUUAAUGUGUUAAUACAACAAUUCACACAUUAAAAUCGGCUUGUUUGGAGUAUUAAAACAGGUCAUUGUAAUCCGAGACCACCCAUUUUGGCAUGGCUGACGUCACUGAGCCAUCUUCGUCCAGCUAAUCCAAAGUGUUUGUUCUUCCUUCAUUACUGCUCCGACUCGCGUCUCCUCUGCCUGUACGGUCGUGAAGGAAGAAGAAAAAGGCGGCAUUUUAAUAGCGAGUGGACGCACCUCGUUGGCGGAUCCAAGGCAGUGCCCCUCCUCGGCUAUAUAGGCAGGGAAACGCCACUAAAGCAUCCAAAGGGUGCCAGAGGCUAGAGAGGAGAGCAGCAGGCAAUCCACUUCCAUCUGCCAGCCACUUAGCUAACAUUUCCAGCCCGGAUUUCAGCACAGCUGCCAACAGAACCCCACACACACAACAAAAUGUCUGCCCCAGCUGGAGCCCCUGCACCAGAGGGAGGGAAUCAGCCUCCCAACCUCACCAGCAACCGCCGCCUGCAGCAGACGCAGGCACAGGUGGACGAGGUGGUGGACAUUAUGCGUGUAAAUGUGGACAAGGUUCUGGAGCGUGAUCAGAAGCUGUCUGAACUGGACGACAGGGCUGAUGCCCUGCAGGCUGGUGCCUCUCAGUUUGAGACCAGCGCUGCAAAACUGAAGAAUAAAUACUGGUGGAAGAAUGCUAAGAUGAUGAUUAUCCUGGGUGUGAUAUGCGUGAUUGUGCUCAUUGUCAUUAUUGUGUACUUCAGCACCUAAGAAGACUCGCUUCCUACCCCAGUCUAAGCCCAACUUCCUUGCUACGCCCCCCUCCCCCAUUCCCCGAAAAUCAUGACAAAAGGGACCCCAGAUAAUUACGUAAUUACUUAAAGAUGAUGUAUCUUCCCCGAUUAGCUUCAAUGUAACACCCCUAAACCCUCCCUCACGUCCGCCACCUCGCCCCCGGACCCCCCCGUCCAGAUAUUUGCGCCCCCCAGUGAGUGUGCGGCCUUGCGUCCGUCCAUCGCGGAUCCUCUCGGCUUCUCUACCCUGCCAUACCGAGAGCCUAACACUUGUGAUGAUGCAACAACAGAAAAGGAAACAAGGAUUGGUAUUGCUAAUUGUUACAUGACUGAUACCUAUCUAGUCAUUUGUAGACUUUUAUUCUGAUAUAUACUGUUUUGUAGGUGUGUGUGCGUGUGUAUGUGCGUGUGUGUGCAUUUUGUAUUUUUUAAUUUUUGUAUUCAUUUUCUGUAUGCUUCAGCGUCAACUAUUGCCUGUUAAUCAAAGUGUGUAUCUUGCAUGUUGUCAUCAGCCGUCGGUCCCCAUGCUGGUGGCGUUUUCCUCCGUUUAAGUAAGGAAAUGCUGACUUUCACGUCUUUCACGUACGUGCGCUGCUCGUCCACAAUCCAAAUAAGCCACACCACCCGACAUGCUCGGAACAAAACCCUCAGCGGUCACCAUCUCCAGAUGGAACUCAUUGCCGACGCAACACAAACUAACGCAUGAAUUCCCCCUCCCCCGAUUUUUAAAUCUCACCAUUCUGUCGUAACCUCUGCUCUUCGACGUCUCUCUGUUGGUCCUGCAGCAUGCUUGAACGCCCAAUCCUUUGAAAAACUGCCAUAGUACCGUUGGACCAAUGUCUGUAGAUGUUUCUUUUUUUAUUACUUAGUGUCUUAUUUCGAAAACAUUCCUUCAUUGCAGUCUAGUGCAAAUGCUCUUAACUGUAGCACAUGUAAGUAUCUUUCCAAAAAAUGUCCGUCAUACAAAUAUUUACAAGGGGAGAGGAUUAGGGUGUUGAUUUAUUUAGUGCUACAGGUGAUUCAUGUUAGCAAACUGUACGCUAGAACGACACUGUCGUAUAAUACUAAUUCAUCCUACACGCACUUAAAAGCCUUAGUGUCUCCUUUUAGUUACUAGAGGUUGAAAAAGUACAGUAGUCCCGCGCCAAGUCCAGAGUAUAUUCAUAAAUCAUGGUGUAACACCUGUUAUUAAGCUUUUUCUGCCUAAAUGAAGCAUUUUCAAGUAUAAAAACGGCUAACAUGACAAAUAUAAGGCAUUCAAAAGAAGAUGAUGAGGCGUCAGUAAUGUUUACUGUAAGCACCAGACGCCUUUUAUUGCAGGUUUGAAUGAUCCAACGAUGAUCUUGCGCUGAAACUGAAACUCUUCACCUCUGACACCAGAACACAUUUAAUUUACAAAUAACGCACCUAUUACAGAAUCAAUAGACUGCGAUAAACGAGGGAUUACUGAAGAUGCAUAAAAAGCUAAUAAGCAGGUGGAAUGAGGCGCUAGACGUCUCCAUGAAGAGCACAGAAACAAACUAUUCAGCCUUAUUUGUAAAUCAGCGACAAACUCCCCCGAAACAAAUCAAAGCAUUCCUUAUCAGAUUCUCCCGAUAAUGAAGGCAUCAUUUUUUCUUUUUUUAAUGUAAUAGAUUCUAUUUUUCUUAUAGUGUAUUUUUGUGUGAACCAGACGUCUGUCUGCAGUCUUUUUUUGUAACUCAACUGUAGUGUGCGUCGUUAAACACUGCCAACCAAGAGGGGGUGGGGACGGGGGGGUAUGGUGGGGGGGGGGGGGGGGUACUGCAGUUCUGUCCGUCACUGGCACCCUUACAUGAAUGGUUGUACAACCGUGAUGUGGUUUGGACUGUGCAUGCAUCCCCUUUAGUUAUCCUUCAUAAACUGCAGAUUAGCUCUUGUUUUUAGCUGCAAACGUUCACAUGGAUAGGAAACACGGUUUAGCGUUAGCUGUCAGCCUCAGUCACACGUACCGUAGUUCAAAUCCAGUCUAUUUGCCUUAGUAGUCCUGUGGGGGGGGGGGGUUACGUUAGCAAGCAGCGAGGUCAGGUGCAUCAAUAUGGUGUGUGUUAGAAUAGCUCUGUCCCACAAAUAUCCCCAGUUUAUCCCGACAGAUUAGGCCGCUUAAAUCUCUCCAGUGAAGGCACGUUUGUUUCCUGGCCCGCUGUAGUACACACAUGUAGAGUGGCCACAAGCCCAACGACCUGCAAACACAACAAAAAGAUGACCAAAGACCUCAUUCACGCGCUUGUGCCGACGUUACCAUCACAAAGGAGUGGAGAGGAGUGUGCAGUUACACUGCCACGCCACAUGUUGGUUACCAAACGUGAAUACCGCAUGCUUGAAACCUGAAACCUCCCAUACCUGUUCUCAAGUCUCCACAAAGCUACUUUUAUUAGUUUACUAAUAGUAACACAACCUUGCUUUUUCCUCGUCUGUGCCAACCUCCACAGGAAGGACAAGGACGGACACUAACUUCCUCGUCCAUAACCGUUACGAUGAAUCGAGUAAUGGGGUAGGUCCAAGACAGACUAAAUCAAUAUGAACCACACACAAACAGGUAGUGAUUAGUGACAUAUCACAAGAAAGGCUUUCCAAAGCUGAUCAAUAAUUGAAUACCAAAAUAGUCGAGUCAUUUUUGGAGCCCCAGCAAAGACGUUUAAAGGAACUUCGGCUAAUCUGCAGCGGUUGUAGUAAUAGGGACUUUUUUUGGAAUGGUAGGGGGUCCUACAUUGUUUGCUUUUAGCAGUCUACCAAGAUGAAUGGGGAGGGGCAAAAAAGCGCCAACUCUAAAUGUGGAGCGUCAUUCCCAAUGUGUAAGGUGCCGCUGAUACGGCUUGGGGUAGGACACACGUGUUAUUCCAUAGAUCCAGCUCUUGUCCUGUGAGUGCUUAACCAGUUUGAUCACAAUGAAGAACAUGAAGCCAGUGCUCCGUUUCCACUUUGCUUUCCUGUCUUGUAUGAAAAGAGGUAUGCGAAUAUUUUAACAGCGUGGCACCUUUUCUUUCUUUGUUGUUGUUGUCAGUCAUCAGACGAUGCCGUCCUUAGGAGCUGUUCUGUUAUCUCAAAUGAAAAAGCUGCACUCCGUUCAUUUGGGGAUGUGAGUGGCCGAAGCCAAUGUGGGGGGGCAUCACUCCCCAAAUGGGAGGAAUGCAGCAUUUUAGGAGGGAACCUAUCGAGUCUCUGAACGCUCGCUGGAUGGGAUGGGAUGGAAUGUUCUGUGUACUAUAUGGAAGCAUGUUUUAUGUUUGGCAUUAAUUACCAAACAACUCCCAAUGUCUUGGUAUUAUUGUGUGUAAGCACUGAUUGGUCAAGAACACGAAAGGCAGGGAGGGAGGAAAAAAAGUCAUUUUACCUUGAACUGUCCAGAAAGCUUGUUUGUAUCCACACAAUAUUGUAUUUAUAUUUUUGAGGAAAGACUUUAAUUUCUCUUGGGACUAGGUUCUGUGAUGAAGGUCCACAUUGCCCCUGUUUGUCUGGCCUUUCUGGAGGGACUGGACUGGAGGAUCACGGGCAAUGUUCUCAGGCUUAUUUCAUUUGGAUGUUUUGCUUUGCUUUUAUUUAUUGAUAGGUUUCUUGUGCUGUCAUUCGGUAUGGGAUUAGACUCUAAUAAAUAAGGUUGACUCGACGUAGAGGAGAGGAAACUGAAUGGAAAACUAAAUUGUAUAAAAUAAUUGUAGUGUAAAUCUAUCAAUGUCUUAUUAUAUUGAUGAACAUCAUGAAAUAUAUGUAUAUUGGAAAACCG